AUGACUAUUUUAUGCUCCAAUAAACCAUUUCCAAAUGACAAAUAUAGGGCAUCUGAAUUAAGGUCAUUUGCCGAAAUAACAAUUCGUGAAUGUCAUUUGUCAUUUGGGAUGUCCGAAAUGAGCAUUUGGGCUCAACCUAAUGAACCACAUCUUGUGUAUUAUAAAUAUCCAAUUAUUGGACAUACUAUUGAUUAUCAUAAAGAAAGUACGAAAUUUAUUAAAGAAUGCCAUGAAAAGUACGGAGAAAUCUUUUCAUUAUAUGUUUUUGGUCAAAUUAUAACUAUAGUUGGCGGAGAACUUUCUCCUGAAAUCUUCAAAAAUCACAAAGAAUUUUCUUUCAACGCAGCUAUUGAUGAGUUUUUUCCUUUGCAUGGCUUUAUGGGUCGCCCAAGAGAAUUUUUAAGUGGAUUAACCACAAUAGUUCAAAGAAAUUUGUCAGGAGAUUUAAAAUUCUAUACGAAUCGUGUUCAAGGACAACUACUUAAAUCUAUUGACGAAAUAAUUGGAGACGGUAAAGUUUUACAACCCCCUUUAAAAUCCUUACAACUCCUUGUCGCAAAACCGGUUGCCGCUGCUGUGGCCGAAGAAUUUACUGAUGAUAAAGAAUUGAUAAAUUCAUUCGCUUAUUCUGUAAAUGAUAUUUCUUCGUUCUUAUCAUUUCCACCGAUUUUACAUUUCAUUAGUCCUAAAUUGCAUCAGAAAUUUCUGAUAACGUUUUUUCGUAUUGCAAAUAAUCCCUUCGUAGAUCAUAGAGAAACCAUUAAAAGAAAGAUUACGCCAGUGGUUAAGAAAAGAUUAAGUGAAAUGAAGAAACUUGACGGUGCUUAUACUCCACCGGUUGAUAUAUUACAAAACUUUAUUGAUAUGUUUGGUGAUGAUAUCGAUUCUAUCACGGAUUAUAUAAUUUCAUUGAUAUUUGCAGCUGUACAUACAACGUCAACAUCCCUUAAUAGUAUUCUACAAGAAUUUGUAAAUAACCCGCAGUUUCAUGAGGAACUACUAGAAGAACAAAAACAACUGUUUAAAAGUAAAGAAAAUGAUUAUUACACUAUUGAACAAAUUUCUAAAUUGGAAAGGUUAGAUAGCAUGGUUAGAGAAACAUUUAGAUUAUAUGUCGGUGCGAGUACAUUACCACAUAAAGUAUUGUCUCCUUAUUACACAUUUUCAAGCGGACAUCAAGUUCCAAAAGGUCGAAACGUUUAUAUUCGUGUAAAAGAAAUUCAUAAUGAUGAUAAAAUUCAUGGUCAAAAUUCGAAAGAAUUCAAUGCUUUCCGACACUUGGAAAGUAAAUCGCCUGCCUCACGUGUUGAAAAGAAUUUCUUAACGUUCGGUUUUGGUAAACAUGCUUGUCCAGGACGUUUUUUUGCGGUAAACGAAAUUAAAAUUGCUUUGCAUUACUUAUUAUUGAAAUAUGAUAUUAGAAAGGUUGGCGAUGAAAAAAUUAAUCCAUUAAUGAAAAGGAAUCCAACUUUUCCAAGUGUUGAAGGGUUAUUAUUUGAAAAGAGAAAGUCAAUUAUUUAA